CCUUUUUUGGUCUUGAUGGUUGUGUGGUUGGUCCACAUCAUCGAGAACAAAGGUUCAAGGGUUGGCAGAGGAAGAGAAAAUAUCCACGACGUUGGAAAAGAUGAAUGAUUUUUUUUUUCCCCAUUAUAAUCUGUGUUUUUAAGAAUAAAAAUAAGAUAAUUCCCUCUUGUGAGUCUAUAAAUAGGCUGAUUGGCAAUAGAGUUUAGCAGCAAACUAGCGUAGCUAGCACCCAAAUCUAGAGGUGAAAACAUGGCAUUAAUUAAAGCCUCUUCCAUCUUCUUUUGCUUCCUUGCUCUGGCAAGCUUUUUAGCUUCCAUUGAAGGAACUCAACCUACCCAUCACGUUACUCAUCUUAACAGAUCCACUUUUCCAAAAGAUUUCAUUUUCGGUGCUGGCUCAGCUGCUUACCAGUCUGAAGGAGCAGCACAUAUAGAUGGAAGGGGACCUAGUAUAUGGGAUGUUUUCACAAGGGAACAAAAAGGUCAAAAUGACAUGGGAAAGUCCAUUUUCUAUUCCAAACAGAUUGCUGUAUCUGAUGGGCCCAGUAUGCAGAGUAUGAGCCAGUUUUGGAGCUAUUUGGCCCAUGAUCCGGUUCCAGAACAUUCCUAGCUCUUGGAACAAUAUUUAUUGAUGACCAAGGAUGCUUCAAACCAAGUUUCAUAGGCAGAUACAAAGGGAAACUAAGUAGGUGAAGCUAGUUUGGUUGUUUACCCAAACUAGUUAAACAAUGGGAACUUAGUUCAAACCAUGUGCCACUUUUUUCUAUAUUUGGAAUAGACAUGUUGCAGCUGGUUUUUGACUCUUUUGUGUAUGAAAAGUUAGGUUUUGACCAUUUUACUUUUUAAAUUUCAAAUAUUUUACUCAUUUUG